UUUCCCUCCGCCCUUUCCCGGUGGCUGCUGCCGCUGCUCCCGCCGUCCGCCUGCGUCCGCUCCUGUGGCGGCGGUCGCAGCAGGCAGCAUGGCGACGGUGGAAGCCCGGGUGUGCGAGACGGCGGGCUGCAGCAGCGAGGCCAAGCUGCAGUGCCCCACCUGCAUCAAGCUGGGCAUCCAGGGAUCCUACUUCUGCUCGCAGGAAUGUUUUAAAGGAAGCUGGGCUACUCACAAAUUGCUACACAAGAAAGCAAAAGACGAGAAAGCAAAACGAGAAGUUUCUGCCUGGACUAUAGAUGGAGACAUAAACACAGAUCCCUGGGCUGGUUAUCGAUAUACUGGGAAACUCAGGCCACAUUAUCCACUGAUGCCAAUGAGGCCUGUGCCGAGUUACAUUCAAAGGCCAGAUUAUGCAGAUCACCCCUUAGGUAUGUCCGAGUCAGAGCAGACCCUUAAAGGAACUUCUCAGAUAAAGAUCCUUUCUUCAGAAGAUAUAGAAGGGAUGCGAGUUGUGUGUAGGCUUGCUAGAGAAGUCUUAGAUGUUGCUGCCAUGAUGGUGAAGCCAGGUGUAACCACUGAAGAAAUAGAUCAUGCUGUUCAUUUAGCAUGUAUUGCCAGGAAUUGCUACCCAUCGCCACUGAAUUAUUACAAUUUUCCUAAGUCUUGCUGUACAUCAGUAAACGAAGUCAUCUGCCAUGGCAUUCCAGACAGGCGACGCUUACAAGAAGGCGAUAUUGUUAAUGUGGACAUUACUGUUUAUCGUAAUGGUUAUCAUGGGGAUCUCAAUGAGACAUUUUAUGUUGGAGAAGUUGAUGAGGGUGCAAAACGAUUAGUUCAGACAACAUAUGAAUGCCUAAUGCAAGCAAUUGAUGCAGUAAAGCCUGGUGUACGGUAUAGAGAAUUGGGAAAUAUUAUACAGAAACAUGCUCAAGCCAAUGGGUUUUCAGUAGUUCGCAGCUACUGUGGACAUGGGAUUCAUAAGCUUUUCCACACCGCUCCCAAUGUGCCACAUUAUGCCAAAAAUAAGGCUGUUGGAGUAAUGAAGCCUGGCCAUGCAUUUACGAUAGAACCAAUGAUCUGUGAAGGUGGGUGGCAGGAUGAAACCUGGCCCGAUGGCUGGACUGCAGUUACCCGAGAUGGCAAGCGGUCUGCUCAGUUUGAGCACACACUCCUAGUCACAGAUACUGGGUGUGACAUCUUAACCCGGCGGUUGGAUAGCAUUCGUCCUCACUUCAUGACCCAGUGCUAGUAUAGGCCACGUGACGACCUUGACAUGAGCAUUUGUACUAUGCAUUUUACUAAUGUACAGGAUGGAAGGGGGAUUUUAUCACCUGUUUUCUUGUCAUUGCCUAUAGAUAAGGGAAAUGCAAGUCUGCAUCGUACAACUUGGAAGAAUCUGAUGCAGAGGACCCCAACACUGUUUGAACUUUUAAAAAGAAAUUUUCAAGUAGUACCCCUUUGUUUUCCUUUCCACCCACCAAAAGAAAACAACAGCAAAAACAAAAAGCUGGGAUUCAGAUGAUUUUUGUCACUGCCACAGUUGUCAGGUGGUGUACCUAAGACAACGUUUUCAUGGUGAAUGUGAGAGCUUACUUUAGGUUUUGAACUUUACUUGUUCCAAAGGCAAUCCCUGCUUAGCUUGUGCUACAAAGGCAGUUUUAAACAGGCUAGGUUUUCAGCUGUUUACAACUCAGAGGUGGCAUUAUAUACUACAAAAAUGAAACUAGUACUGUGUACUAGUCCCUCUAGAAUCUUGCUGCCUUUCCUUCUAACCAUUUUGGUUGCCUCUGUUGUAAUUAUACAUAGAAGUACAAUAACUGCUAGUUAAUGAAGAGAGUUUGCCUUUGCCCAGGGGUUCUCUGUGAAAAGCCGUGAAGUGAGGCAGGGAGGCCAAAAUUACUAAGAUCCUGCCUAGUUUGAGCUUUUAUCAAAUUACAGCUUUAAAAUGGGUAGUGCUUGACAGCCAAUAAGGUUCUAAAAUUUCACUAGUAAAAAAACUCUUAUUCCAACUGAAAUAGAAAAAAAAAAUACAAAGAAUUCCUGUCUACCAUGUAUAGUAACAUUUGUGACUUUAUAUGACUUCAUUGCCAUGAUCAAAUGUUUGUCCACUGUAGGGCUCACUUGAUUUCAUCACGGUACCCCAAAUGAUACUUUGGGAUUGUGGCAUGCAGCUGUCAGGAACUGGAUCAGAAAUGGUCACUUUUUAGUCCAUAACAACUGAAAUCAGCUUCACUGCACAUUAAAGAGAAAAACUUUGCCAGUGGUAAUGAGAACUGAGCCACAGACAGGAAAGUAAGAUAUAAGGCUGCAUGUUUCCCACGGCACAUUUUAUCACAUAAUUAUUUUUCUGAAAUGUUCCUAGGCAUUUGACAAACCAGGUGUAGGUGCUAUUGCAACUGGCCAAUGUGAUAUUUCAUGAAAAGGAAGCUGUUGUAGCAAAGAUAAUGCCUUUGAAAUGUGCAAGAUUUGGACAGCCCUGGAAAUAAUUCAUCUUUCCCCAAAGGUCCUUAGACCAGCAACAGAGGUGAUAGUAUGAUAAUGUCCCCUCAUACUUUAUAUGAAUUGGUUAUACAGAUUUACCAUAGUUGAUGUCAGGGAAGGCUUAAUUUUGUUGGCCAGUGGCUGUUUCCAUCUAGCAUUGUAUUCUGUAAUGAGAAUGAUUUCUCAACCACAUUUUUUAUUCUGGUGCCUACUUCAUCCAUACAGUGUGGAAGUACAGCAACAGAAAUGAAGAGAAAUAAAAGUCAUGAAAUCAUGGGCAUAAUAUGCUCAUUUCUGCUCUGUGUUAGUUAUAAAAUCAUCGUAAGCGGUUUAAAUGAUCUCUGCUUCCAUCAGCAGCAUCUGACUUUAUUGUUCUUUGGAGGCUUAGAACAGAUAUGACAAAAAGGGUAACUUAUUUAUUGAAAGGAGAUUUAAAGUAUGGGUGGUUGGCCUACAGUUUGUUCUUUUUGCGUGCGUGCGUGCGUGUAAGAAAUGCAGUUGUGACAGAGCAGCUAAAUGAAAGUGCUUUUGUUGCCCUGAGAGUCAUGCUUUGCUUAUUCUUCAGGUGCCUGGAAAAGACAUUUGUGGGGGACAGAAGUCUUUAAAAAGGCUGAUUCUAGAAGAGUUAGAAUAGCAAAGGGUGUAUAGGUAGAUAUGGCACAUUGGUUAAUGAAGAUUUGGCAAAGGAACCCAGACAGAAGACUGCUGAAAUGUCUGGACUGCUGGAAUUUCAUGGCUUUUAAAGGAAAGCUGAAGAACAGUGUACCUAAUUGAGCAUUGCAAAGUUCCAAGAGGACAAAGUUUCCAGAAAGUGGAUCUGAAUUUUAAAGCCAGAAUGAUGUGGCAGAACAUUGAGGUACCUGAAUCACAAGGAAGGAAACCAGCAACAAAGGGAACUAGGCCAAGGAAGUCAAAUGGUGUCUUUGACCAGUGGGUAGAACAGAGAAGCCACCAAGUUCAGAUAGGGACCAACAGCAGCAGAGAAAAUGUGCCAGAUGAGGAAAUAUGUCAUUUAUGCACCACUUUUGCUUCUAGAACCAAAUUUUAGAUAUACUUCAAUGCUGACUUCUGAUUUUGGCUUUAUUUUUAUUAGAUUCAUAUAUUUGAGUUGAAUGAACCUCAGCUGGACGAGAUAAGAUAUAAACCAUGAUUUAUAAACCAUGAUUUACAAGCCUUUGGUUGGUUUCAUACAACCCCCUUAAAGCUAAAAAAAAUCAAACUAUAGUAUGGCUUGAUGUGAUAGUUGGAACUCCAAAAGAGCUUCUAAUUAGAACCAUGCCAAUUGAGUCCUAUACUUACUGCACCACACGAAUUAACCUGGUUUCCCACAAUGAUAGUCCAAAGUGUGUUCACCACGUUCACUGCCUUCCAUUUCUCGAAUUUUUUUUUCCAGCAACAGCUUGAAGCACAUUAAAUACCAAGACAUUUUUAGAAAACAAAUUAUAGCUGCUGGUAGACUAUAGUAACUAUGUUGCCUCAGAUGCAAAAAAUUAGCCUCACUGGGUCAGAGUAUUGACUCUUAUGACUCUCCCUGACAUUUUGGUUAUGGUAAACCAGCUACCUCCAAUGACCCAAAAUAGUAGUUGGCACUUACUUUGAAGUACAUUUCUGGUCACUGCACAAAAUGGGUCCAACAGUCCCACCUUUUGAAGAGGAGGAGACUGAGAAAGUUCAUCUGGUUUAAAGGUUGAAAUGCAGGAUAAUUUUACUGCACGUCUGUUACAUGUAGUUUUGCUAUUCACAUCCAUCUUUACCAGUUCCUAGUUAUGCUAACUGAGAUGAACCUUUUCACUAGGACAGUGUUUCUCAACCUUGGUAGCUUGAAGAUGGGUGGACUUCAACUCCCAGAAUCCCCCAGCCAGCAGCGCUGGCUGGGGGAUUCUGGGAGUUGAAGUCCACCCAUCUUCAAGCUUCCAAGGUUGAGACAAACUGCUCUAGGAGAUAAGAAGCUUUAGGUUCCAACUGCUACUUAGAAGACAUGGAGUUAACCCUUUCCUCCCAAAUCUUUCUGGUAACCAGAAAGGUGGUUUGCAGUAAAACGAACCACCAUUAUCUCAGCUCAUUUGUCAGAAUGCCCCAUAACAUUUUCAAAACUCCAAACAUGUUUUAACAUUCCAGAAAAAUAAGGAACCUUUGAAUUGUACCCUACAUGUAAAAAGAAAUAUCCACACCUAAAAUUACUGUGCAGCAGUGGAUUUAAUUAGAAAGGUGAAACCCAGUUCUAAUUAGCAAAAAACAGUUUCCUUUAUAAUCUUACGGAAACAGCUUUUCAAAUCAUCUCGGUGAUGUCUCAGGCCCUUGGAACUGUCUUAUGUCAUAGGGAAAUCUAGAAAUUAUGUGAAUUGUGGUCGCACGCAUUGGCAGUUGGGAAGGCUGGAAUGCAACAUAUAUUUCUGAGCAAAUAUCAGUGAAAUAUAUGAGUAUGGGUAGCCUAGAUCAAUUGAUGGGACUUUUCUGCUUAUUGUUACUCCCCCCCAUUGAAUAAAAGCUAUAAUAGGUCUAA